AUGGAUACCGAGCCUUGCCUCCGUAAAGCCAACUUAACUGGUCUUGCUUUUGGGAAACCCUUCCUCCAAGCAACAGUUGACAUGAUUUAUGCUAACCGCGAAAAAUCGGUGAACCUCGAGCAGCACCAGGGCAGCAAAAUCCCUCAAUGCCAGAUACCCAAAGGACAACACCAGACCACAUUGAGUUUGGCGACGCAGAAGGGUGCGUUUAUACACCCUGGAAUCUUCUGUCCUCGAGGCUUCAGUCACGGUCUUAAUAACAUGGAGAUCAAGAAGGCGGAGGUUGAGGGUGGUGGGAAGACAGCGGUAACCAGGUUCACAAAUUCCGUCCUUUCAGCAUCACUGCCACCAUCAGCUCCUCCCCGAAAGCGCGUCCAAUUUCCUGAAGACGAGACUCAGCUGGCUACCACCCUUCCCACUGGCAACGAGGCCUGGCGUGUUGAUCUCGAGACCCCGAAUCACGUCAUCGUGGACGCCUACGCGGAGGCCUGUCUUCGGUUAGAUCUCCGCCCUCUCUCCUGCGUCAUCGAACAGCUCUCGAAAGUGUCCGCUCCCCUCGCAAAGACCAAAAUUCCCGCCAUCAUUCUCAAGGGCACCCAACUCGCUAAGAAGGAUUUGGAAGCACUGGAAUGUAUUUUCAAGUACUGCCAGGCGUAUCAUUUGAGCUUUGAGAACACUGGUCUCAACAAUGAGUCCUUGUCCUGCCUCCUUGAGGCGUUGGAUUACUACGUGCCAUGCAGUGAACUCUGUCUUGCACGAAACAGGGGCAUCACUGAAGGGGGCUUUGAACACAUCGCUAAUUUUAUCUCCAAAUACCCUCAACUCAACUGGCUUGACCUUCGUGGCAUCCCUCUGAACCCUGCUGGCGCAAGACACCUCAGCCGCGGGCUCACCUCCCAACGUGAUGAGGCGCGUAAAGUGGUCACCAAGUUUCUCAAUGUCUGCACCGGUCAGGAGCUUGUCAACUCUGAUUCCGCUCGCGACGCCCUAUUCGAUGUUGAGGCUUUCCAGCUUACCUUUAAUGUCUUCUUCUCCUACUUGCCUACACCCGCUGAAGUACACACCCUUUCUGGAGCGUUGCAAUGUCUACCUCCCCUCUGUCUUCGAGGUCUCCAUCUGGGCGAGACGGGGCUUUGUGGGUCCGCGUUACUGGAUGUUACCGCGGCGAUUAGGGUGGCGGGACAUCUUCGGGAUCUGCGGUUACCGGGAAACAAGCUAGGAGCGCACGAUAUAGAGUUGAUGACGCCAUUGUUGCGGUAUUAUCCGGGACUGCAGGUGUUGGAUUUGAGUCACAAUGACCUUGGGGACGAGGGCUAUCGAUUACUCGCAAACGCCUUAUCCCAUCCCUCUUAUCCCACCACCCUCGUAACACCUUCUACAGACACCUCGUCUACCGAAUCUCGUUGCAAUCUACAUCGCCUCUACCUCUGCAGAACGGGUCUUAGUCCAAUCGGUGCAAAGCACUUCACCACCUGUCUCCCCGUUCUCUCCUGUCUCUCUCACCUGGAGUUGAGCGAUAACCCGAAUCUUAGCUGCCAAGGUGUUUUAGCACUUCGUAGCGCUUUACAAGCCUACACUCGUCGACGGCUAGUCUAUCUCGGUCUUGCUCGCUGUGGACUCGCUUGCCAAAGCGCUAUUGCGUUGGCCGAAGUCUUGGGUGAUGUUCCACGGGCCCUGCGACGCAUCGAUCUCACAGGGAAUUAUAUUGCUGAGGCGGGACUGAUGGCUAUUUCAAAAUCGAUUCCUCUUUGUAGUAGAUUAGUACAGUUGCAAGGAUUGGAAGACAAUCGGCCAAUUCAACGGUCAACGAUCGGCGGAAGUGGUUCGGCACAUUCGGAGACGAGUCAUAACAGCCGUCAAAAAUACCAAAAUGGGAAAUUCGUGUCUGAUUCUCCAGCGAUGAAUGGAACAUCGCUUUUCCGACUUCCCCGAUCUGCUUCUUCGCAUAACGAUGCCGGUGAGUGCAACGGGACGCCAAUUUGGAACCGAAGACGGCCUACAAGCCGCAGCGUGACCCUUUUAGAACCCUCUCAACUCAGUUUGGAUCUGCUUCAAACCAUCCACUCACAACUAGCUUCUUACGUAGAUAAACAUAUCGCCUCACGUCCAUAUCAUGACCUCGAAGGACACAUUUCAUCAAGUGAGGUCAGCCGAAGGGAAGAGGGAUUGCGGUUCUUUAGAGGUUACGUACGUUUUCCCUUUACCAAUGGGAUGCGAAGAGAACCCGACCCGAGACACCUCUGUGGAGAUACAAGUGGAAGCGAAGUAGAUGACGAUUCUGAAUCUGACUUCUCCUCAGAGAAGACUCCUCCACCAUCUGAGUCCGACGCACCGACAGUGCGGACAUCUUUCUUAGGCAAUAAUGACCUCUGCAGGUCUGAUUGUGUUGAGUGA